UUGCUUUGGAUAGCUGAACUGAAGUGCGUAGGUCACUUUUUUGGAGAGUAUCACUAAUAUAGUUAAACAAAAUUUAGAACAAAUUUGUUAAUCGGACUUGUGUUUAUUAGUGUUAUCGUGUCAACAAAAACUUCAUAUUUUGUUAAUCAUAUUUUGUUAAUUAAUUUAAGCAAUAAUGAUAAACAGAAGUUUUGUUUCGUUGUCAGUAAUAUUGUUUUUAGUGCUGGUGUCUACGACGUGUGCCAUUAAAUGCUAUCGCUGUAAUAGCAACAACGAUCCCGCCUGCCUAGACGUUUUUGUAGAGUCCAGCCAAGAGCACAACAAUUCAUCGCAACGGAAUAUCCAGCUAGAACCGUUCCUCCAGGAGUGUGGCCCAGACGAAAAUGGGCGUAAUCCUUUUUGUCGGAAGAUUUCAGUCACUGUUCUAAAAGAAAAUCAUCGCCGUGUGGUUCGGGAAUGCGGUUACGAAAAAUCGAAAAACAAUUGUUAUCAGGCUGACAAUGACGAUCACCUGGAAACGGUUUGCCAAUGCUGGACGGAUAGAUGCAACAAAGCUGCAGGAUUAGGACACGGACUUGCAGCCUUUGCAAUCAUAUUUUUAUUAAGAUUAUGUAUUUAACUGUGGAGACUGUUCGAAUGAAAAUGCAUAAGUGUGAAAUUGAAAGCAAUAUCAGCAAUUGAACCAUUGUGUUUUUUUGUUUUGGUAGUGGCACUCUAUCAGAAGAGACACUUAUUUCACUUUGAAAGAAGUAAGAAUUUUAUUGUUCAUUAAUUCUAACCUUGCAGUGCACAUCCAAGCCCAUUUUCCCCUAUGUAGAUCAUUGUGACCAUUAUCGAUGAGAAAUUUCAGGAUAAGCGGAUUUUGCAUGUACUUAUAGAACUUGAUUUUCUCCAUGUACACACAAACUCGACAAAGUCCAAUACAAUCUCAAACUUUAUAACACUUAUGCUCUCGUUGAAAAAUGCAAGUGCCAUGAUGCUUUGGUUUGGUUUAAGGUUCGACUGAGAAAUGAAACAGUUUGGUUCGAUAUCCUAUGCAAAAUCUUCUGGAAAAUCAAUCAACAUAUUCGGGGAAUUGUUCGAAUACUACUGAUUGAAUUUAAUUAAUAUUUUGCCAACAUUGUGCAAAAGCACUACUUUUUUUCGUUUUCAAAGAUGGCUGUUUUUUCAAAGUUUAAAGUUCUCGGUUGAGCCUUAAGAAUUCAUGAAUUGAAAUAUAAAUUCGUGAAUAAACGUAAUUAUUUGGCGCCAAGUCUUAUCAUUUGUUUGGUUUAUUUUGCAAUAAAAGUAGAUUUUAAAUAUCAUUUUUAUUUAUUUAAGAUAGUGAACUUGCACACUGUAACUUACGACUUAACAAGAACAAGUGAUG